UGUGAUUGGUGGGGGGCCGACAGGUGGCAGCGCCAGUGGGCCCCUGGAACCCCAGUCUGACACUGAUUCCAAGUAAUGUGAACAGGCAGGUAUUGUUGGGCGAGAGAAGAUUUCUCACUGGGUAAUUCCCACCUAAGGGCAAAGGAGCAGAAAGCUGCAGUGGUUCAAACUCUCCCUAUUCCCGUUACUGAUACAGAUAAAGAACUAUUGGAAACAUGCUGCCUCAUUACAGGUAGCGGUGACAGGUGAACCUCAUACGUGGGCAACAAAAUGCCCCAUCUGCCUGUGCCCUAUUGCCCAUGUACAAGCCCAUAUGCAGGGUUAUUCAGCGCAGCUUGAUUAUAUAAAACAAAUAUUUAUGCUGUAAUCCUGGUAAUAUUCAUACUGUGUUUACAUGCUACUCUAUGUCUGGGCCCUGUAUGAAACCUCCUGCUAUUGUUCUUCUAUACGAAUGCGGCGCGGUUGCUCUGUAAAUACUUAUUACAAAGAGGGUGAAUGGCACUCAUGUAUCCCCUGCAGGUUGCUGCGUAAUUGGGUUUGUUUCUCUGUAGGGUGGGAGAUUUUCCUGAGACUGAAAAGGGGGCAGGCGCAAUUAGGUUAAGCUGAUAAGUACUGAUUGCCCCAUUAUGUAGGCAAACAGAUAGCAGAGUGCAGUGUGUGGGGGGGUGGUCCCCCUGGUCCCAUUAUAUAGAGCGGCGGCUCCUCUGUGUGAGUGUUACAUCUCACUGGCACAAUGAAGCUGUUGGUUUCCUUAUUUUUCUCUCUCCUGCCCUGUGGACAUGGCUACAUCUGGGCUUGGAUGCUGUCAAUGCCCUAUAAUAAUCCAGAGGAUGCUGCUGGACUUUCCAGGAUCUCCACCACCAAAGGACCCACAGUGCAGUGCGAUCAUGACCGCAGCUGUGGGCGGGGCUUAUUCUGCGACCGGCAUUUCGGCCUGUGUGUCGCUCUGCGCCACGAAGGGCAAUACUGUAGGAAGGAUUCACAGUGUGUCCGGGGGCUAGGCUGCAUGUAUGGACGAUGCCAGCGGAUGAUACCAGGCGGUCAUGAGGGAGCCCGAUGCCGGCAAGAUAAGGAUUGCUCCCCAAAUAUGUGCUGUGCCCGACACCACGGGGAGAUGAUCUGUAAGCGCAAACUCCCUCUUGGGGGUAGUUGCUAUGUUCCCGAGGGGGGUCUCGCCUUCAGCAUCAAUCAGCUGUGCCCCUGUGAGGAGGGACUCAUUUGCAGCUCUGUACAUCCCCGGCGAGAGAAAGAAUUUGUUUAUAGUCCUGGCUCGGACUGGAAGUGCUUGGCACCGUGACCCCCCCAACCCACCUAAACCUUGUAAAUACGAUGUAUAUAGCUGUAAAAUAAAGAUGUUUAUUGUUA